UGCUCGCGGGGGGUGGGGGGCGCGCGGAGAGGCCGCUGGCUGCCCCCGAGUCGCUUCGGCCAUGGACGGGCCCGAGGAGGAGGCCGGCCAAGUUGCUCCUGUUGCAACGACACCCCCUCACCAUGGACUGAAGGAAGAGCUAUUAAGCCAAAGCAGCAGUGUAACCCAGAUUUCGAAUGCCAGUGGUGUCUCCUUGGGAGAAGUGAUCAGACGUAGAUCUGUCAUUAAUCAGGAGGUGGAAGCAUGGUACCAGCCUCGUGCAGACGUGGACACCAGCAGCCUGACAGCGGCUGUGGGGGGGAGCCUUGGCCAGCUGCCUGGAACCCGUGGCUUGCUAGAGUUUCCAAGCAUGGAGGAAGGCUCAUUUACUCCCACAGAGGAACCUAGAAGGCUGCAAGCACCCAGCAUCCCACACACUCCUCUCCUGGAAAUUCAGGACAGUUGCCUGUCUCCCAACCUCCCACUGCAGACAACAUGCUCAGCACAAGGCCGGACAGUCUUCAACGAGUCUCUCUUUCAGCAAACUGGAAUGGAUUUUGCUCCUUUGAGAGGAAUUCCAGAUGUUUCUGGUACUUCUUCUGAGGAGACUUCAAGACAUUUACAGAUGAGUGAGGCUGUGCGACUGGCAGGCACAGAAGUUGGAUCAGACUCUUCCAGUGACAGAUUUUCUCUGUCCCAGCACCCUCUGGCUUUCAGCAUUGUGACACCCGGCAGUACCAGCCUUGGUAGUUGUCUGUCCCAGCAUCCUCUUUCUCUUUCUGGACACAUAGCUAAGGAUCAGCAACAUUAUGUUGAAGAGCAAACAACUCAUCUUGCUAUAGAUGCUAAAACCUUGGGUUCCACAGAUGAGAAUUCUGGAGUCUUAGGUUCCCGGAAGUUGCUAAAUUGGCAGGAAGCAAUGCCUCUCCCGCCAAAGGAAUCCCAAGGAAUUGCCUCAGGCCAGGAUCUGUUCCUUUUGGACAGCAAUGUGCCAGCUCCUCUCUUGCUUGAAAUGCUGGAGAAAGAGGUGGGGGUAUCAGAACACUGUGGGUUCUCCUCUUCAACUAGUUCUUCUUGUAAAAGUAUGGUGGGAAACGAUCAGGAAGAAAAUGUAAUGAGCCAGCUAGUGGAGAAAGUAGUUCAGGUGGAAAAGGAGCCAGAAACUUCUGUAGAACCACAUCAACAAGAAUGCAGAAGCAUUCCUCAACCUGACUCAUUGAAGUUGCUUUCUGACCCAGAGGGAAGGCCCUUUAAAAUUGCCCGUAACUCACAGGUGCUGGUGUCAUCCAAAGGACAGAGGAUGGCUUUGGGAGACGCUUGUGCUAUUACUGGGAUAUCGCCAAGCCCUUUGCUGAAGAAGCCACAGAUGCAGCACAUUUCUGAAACUAUAUUUGAAGAACAAAAAGGACAGAUUGUUUCAGUACCAGCUGACUGUAGACCUAAUGCUCCUGCAGCCCUCCAGCCAGUCAUUGUGACUCCAGAACAUGGCGAUAAAUGCAGCAAGCAGGUGGACAAUGUGAUAGAAAUCCGGACAGGAGAGAGCAAAAAUGAAUUAACACUUUCAGAUGUAAGCAUCGAAAGAGAGCAUAAAGAUACUGGGGUUUCACCUUCCUUUGAUGAGAGAUCUUUUGUUGGAUAUCUGGCUCAUCCAAUUCAUCAUUCUACCCCAGGGAUUUUUCUAACCAGAAGCCUGAAGCAGGAAGGACCUGGUAAGGCAUUCCCAGUGACAUCUCUUCUUCAGGCCUCUCUGUCUUGCUUACCUGAAGAGAUUUUGAAGAAUUCUUGUGUCACCACGUCCAUUCCUUCAGUGGAAGGACCUCGUGUGAUGUCACUGGAUGAUACUCCUAUACCCUCUGCUGAAGAGCCCCUUACACUCCAAAGCGAACAAGAAGAAAAGCUUGAAAACAGUGAUGGUCUUAGAGAUCUGCAUCUUCUUGAAAGUAGAAUUCAGACUCUACCUUCUCUUAGCUUCAUGGAGAAGGUCGGGGCAUGGAACGUGAGCCAUUCAGCUGAGAGGAUGUCCGAUGCGUUGACUUCACAUGGCUCAAGUGACACUUCUCCUCGGCAGAAGGCCUAUAGUGCUGUUGCAGAUUCCUUAAACCGCAUGUUGUUAAAGCAGCAGAGCCAGGCCGCUCUUAAGGGAGGGGUGGGUGCAUCAGUCUCUGGGCCAAACCCUCAGGGUAACAUGCAGUCAUGCAAUGAAGAGCCACUUCAUGCUUUACCACUUACCCAGUCUCAGUCAGAAAACUCUGUCAUUGCAAUAACGAGAGAGAUACCAAGGGCUGAAGUAGGUCAUGAAACAGCUCCAGGUGACGAUCUUCAAGCAGCAAAUGACUCAGACAGUAAUUCGGGAGCUUCUGCAGUUAAGCAAAGUGCAGCUAAUAUAGACAACUCACUUGCUCCACGUUAUACAGCUGUUCUGGUCUCCACUCUGUCCAGUGAUGAAGAAACCAUUGGAAGUGUUGACAGAGGAAGGAGUUCAAAUCCAGAUCAGCUUAUUACAAGUGAAAGGGUUGCAGAACUGCUCAGGAAUGAAGCCAGCCUUUUAAGUGAUAGCCGAGACAAAUAUGGCUCUCAAGAUAAUACCAAAGAGGUGCCGGGCAUUCAUCUUUGCACGAGCCAGAUUGGAAUGGACCGCUUUGGAGAUGUUUCACCAGAUAGCUUGAAUCAAAUGAUUAAUUCCAGGGCAGGAAGCUGUGCUGAUUUGCGACUUUCCUCAAGACAAUCUUCAAGACGAUCUUCAUUGGUUUCUGGAAAGUUGCAUAGCAGUUCAGAAGAUGGAUUACAAACUCCAGAUGACAGAGAGAUAAAUAUAGAAGCAAGAAUACCAGUAUAUCUCCGUAACCUUGGCAUCGAUCAGUCACCAACAUCUAUACUGUCUCCGUUUAUGCCCCAAGGGCCAAUCAGAGAAAUAGAGUUGUCUCCAACUGAGCCUGGAACACUGAAGGCAUCUGUAGGUUCAUCCACACAGCGCUCACAGUUAUCAGAAGGAGACUCACAUUUGGUGGUCGAUGCCAUGCAGUCAAGCGUGAACUCUUCCACGCUUAGUGUGCCUGCUGCCGCAGGGUCGGAUACUGGCCCUGGUGUUCCGUUGCCCUCAGAGUGCUCCCAGCAGCCUUCUAGCAACCCUCUCAGCCAGUGCAGCAGAGUCUGCCGCCAGUUGGAGUUGUGCACCCCCACACCACAUUCCCUCGAGGGCAGUGCUCAGGCUCAGGCUGUGGCACCGGCUCCCGCUCCCCCAUCAGCAGAACAGCAUCAAGUAACUUCAGCCAACUUCCAUUCCGGUGGGGAUGGAUCCACAGAAUGUGCACGGAUCCUGAUAGGCAGACUUGAUUCAGUGGACUGUGUGGGAAGUCAGGAGAAGCUGUCUUCAAGUUCUGUGUCUCAGGAAAAAGAUGAAAAGGGUGUAAGUGAGGAAAUCAAUUCUUCAAGAGUAAUUCCUGAAGGAGAAAAAGACAAUUCCAUCAUAGGGUCCAGAACACUGAAGGAGAUUCAAAUGCUUCUGGAAGAAAACGAAUCUAUCACUCCAGGUGGAAACUGUAGCUCGUCCUCAUCCAGCUCUUCCACAGAUCAGGACAGCUCAUUCAAACAAAUGGCGAAGGUUGAUGGCUCAGGAGAUCCUGGAUCCUUCAGAGGAAGCAGUCCAAGGGUGCAGAGAAUGUGGUCCUGGGAUGAAACACUAACCAGGCAAAACGUGCAUGAGGACAGUGGGCUCACCAAGGCCCUUAGCUUCACUGGGAAAUGGGAAGGUUUGCUCGCUAUGAACGUUUGUAGCAGUGAGCCUGUUUCACUGGAAGAGCUGAGGCCAGCAUCCCAAAUGACUGGGGAAGGACAGAGGAUGGGGAGGGCUGUCAGGCGAUCAGAGCCAGAAGGCUGUCAUAGUGCAGCGGUGAGUAAAAAUCUGCCAGUUUUAGUAAACACUGCCAUUGACAGAGAACUGCGCCCCACCAAGGAGUGCAAAGAAUUCCAGGCCUCUGCUAGUGUGGCGCCCCUCGACAGCGUGUCUGACAUUUUGGGGAGCUUUCAGCAAGUACUGAAGAAAACCAUGGAACCUGGCAGCAAAGAGACAUGUAGUAGCUGUGACAGUGAGAAUAGCAGCGGUGUGGACUCCCUGAGUAUCAAGGUGAAGCGCCUUCUGCAACGUGAAUGGCCCGCGGUUCACGCAAGGGGUCGUGCCGAGGAGGAGGAGCGUGGCGCAUGUGGUCGCGAGCUCCUCUCAGCCGGAGCCACUGUACCUGCCUGCAAGGGAGACAGCGGUCCUCCAGCGAGUGACGGCGGCAGCAGCAGCUCGGACUCUCUGGCUGCCCGUGUGAAAACUCUUCUGGAAGACGAGAGCCCCGUGGUGCAUGCGCCUCGGAUAUUACAGAGAGCCGAAGAAGAAGAAGAAAAUGCACAUGCCUGGGUGAAACAGAAGGAGGCUGCACAGCCCAUCAACUCACUGCUUGACCUAAAUGAGGAAGACCGGAAGCUCAUCGAAGAAAUCAAGAGAGGACAACUUCUGACAGCCAGGAAAAUUAGGGUUCUUAAGGAACAGCUGAGGGCAAGUGGCUAUGAAAGAAUUCCUAGCCAUAGUCCAGUUCCGAAGAUUGAUACAGGACUUUCAAGUAUUCCAAGUAGCAAUGAGCUGCAAAAGGCCAUUCAGGCCCAGGGUUGCCAAGUGGUUGAAUUUCCAGAGGUGAAUGCAAUUCAGACUAGACCAGAGUCUGGAGCUGACAGUACUCUUCCAAGUAAUUCAGAGAUUAAGCCCUUGAACAGUGUCCAGCGUCAUACCUGCAGCACGCCUCAAACAGAAUCUGACAACCUCUUGGGUUCCAGGGACGGUUCGUGUGUGCCCCUGUGUGAUUCCACAGGCGCACAUCUGAUGGGCCUGACAGACGCCUCUGAGCCAGUCAUAGCGGAGGAAGGGAGUGUGUCAGCCCAGGCAAAGCGGACGGUGGGCAACUCUCCUAUGGAAGCUGCCAAGCAAAUUACUUCCAUCACAUUCGCUUCCCGUAAAAGGUCAUCUUCUCCUUCUCGUGUGCCCUGUGCAGACAUUUUGGAAGCUGCUCCUCAUGAUCUGGUAGCCUUGGAAAUCCACUCUGCUAGCAGUGAGAAACCGAAGCCUAGUCAGCAGCAGCAGCAAAGUGAAAAGCCCCUUGCUUUGACAAGUCCAGCAGCCAUUUGUUUACCAGAUAAGAGUGUUGAAUUUUCUCCAGAUGGAGAAUGCCAUCAGCAGGUGACCAUAGUUGUCAGCAAGAAUGAAUCUCAUCAAGAAAAGGGCCUUGCAUCAGGGGAAAAAGCCCAAGCCUGUAUUGAGCAAAAUGUUCAUCUUAUUACAGAAAAACUUGAGGAAACCCAGACUUCUUCGCAAGUUUUUACCAGGCUGAGAAGUUACGACAAGCCUUUAGAGGAAGUGUAUAAUAACAAAUCUAAUCCCAAAACAAUAAUGACUGAUCAGCUCAUUACUGUGAACCGUGCUGUACAAAUUACAGAUCUUGCUUGUUUCCAAGAUGGCAUGGAAAGCUCUGAUUCAAUCCCUGAGCCACUUUUCCCAAAAGGUGAAGAGAGUGUGUUGACCCAAGAGAAUACGUUUACUUCUGAUUCAUAUCUGUGCAGGGUUCGAGAGAUGGACACUGGAAGUAGCAGUCUCUUAUCUUCUUCCUCUGACCACAUUUUAACAACCAUGCCAGGCUCUCCAUCUACAACCAGGAAAGCCCUGUCUGGUGUCCACAUUACUCUGUCUCCAAAGCUUAUUGAUUUGGAUCUUUCAAGUCCAAUGGAUGCUACAGCUGAAAUGAGACAAGUUGUUGGCUUUAGAACCAGUUCCCCACCAGCAACUAUUACUGCUCCAACUCCUUCAUUAGGCACUGCCUCUAAGUUAGAAUCUGCAGAAGUUCCCCCAAAGACCCAAGAUUCUUCCUAUUUCCCAAGAGCACCAUCAUCAACAGAUUCUCACUUUAGGGAAUCCCAUGCUCCAUCUGAAACAAAACAAACCCUAUACCAAAGUCAGGAGCUACGGGGAAGCAGGCAGAAUCUUUCAGCAACAAAUCUAGGAAGCGCUGAAGUUCUGGCUUCAGGUGGACAGUGUCUAGAAGAUAACUCAAAGACGACAGCUGCUUCUCAAACAGAAAGGAUGUCAUCGGAUGCCAUAACUCAAAUAACAAUGGAAAGCCCUGAAAAGACGACCUAUUCUGCAGAGAUAUUUGUCAGCGCUGACAAUGGUGAUGCUCUGAGCCUGCGUCAGAGGAGCAGUGGCCUCCUGAGCACCACAAUGCCUGCUGUGAAGCAGGUCUCCAUUUUGACCAGAGAGGAUGCCUUCCAGGAACAUGCAUCUCACCAGAAUCUGCCUCAUUUGUUCUUGAGGGGAAGCAAAGGGCACAGCCGUGCUGUGAACCCAGAUCUCGGAUCCAAGAGCGGCGUCGACUUCUGCAGAAGUGAAAGCACACUCUUGUUGCUGCCAUACAAGUCCCCUCAGAGUCCAGAAGUGUACUACCUCCCUUGUCCAAAGGAAGUGCUCAGACUCUCGCGUGUCAGGUCAGAGACCACCAUGGAGAGCUCCCACUCAGGAUCAAACGAUGCGGUCCCACCAACAUUCCCAGCACAUGUGCUUGGCUCAGGGAAUGAGAUUCCUCCAGAUGCUAUAGCUAUCAAACACAAAGAGGGCAUUUAUAGUAAAAGGGCUGCACUUACAGAUGCUUGGACAGAAGAAAAAGUGGCAACACAGAAAGGUGUUAAAGAAAAUGCCAAAAUCAGGAAUCCCUUGGAAUCCGUUAAAACAGUUCAUUCAGUCCUCAGACCUGCUCAGUUUUACCUGCACCAUCCAGUGGCUCUGCAGCAUGAAAUUGACUUCCUUCCUGGGGAUGAGGCCUUGGGGCAGUGUGCAAGAAAAGAGCUUCCAGUCCUUUCUUCAGAAGAUGUCUCCCACUGCAGGGGAAUUCCAGAGAGAAAUCAUCAGCCAAAAGCGGAAGAACAGUUAUCCCCACUGACUGCUCAGCUAAAUUACAGUUUUGUCGAGGAAUUAAGGUUCAGUAAGACUUUGGAGAGAGACUUUCUAAGACAGGAAGUAGCCCAGCAGGAUGGGAGGAGAGCUAGUCAUGAAAUGGUUAAAGAGCUACCUUCUCCAAGCAGCCAAAGGAUCCACUUAAAAGAGAAACCAGAGGCUAAUUUCUCUUUGUCGCAAAAUGCUUAUUUCACUAGUGGUUUAGAUGAACUCUGGUCUAAAUACUUAGAGCGUCAGAAGCAGCAUCAGCACCGUAAUCCUGGUAGCAGCAGAAAUGAGCUGUCUCUAGUAGAGCGACUUGAUCGAUUAGCUAGACUCCUGCAAAACCCUGUGCGGAACGCCCUGGUCCCUGCUGCAGACGAGCAGAGCAGUGUGCAAGCGGCCCCGAAGAGGAGUGAGCCCAGGAAGAUCAACACCCAAGGAAGAAUGACACACAGAAGUAACUGCACAUUCCAAAACACUGUAGGAAAGGUGGAAGAGAGCCCCAAUACCGUGAGAAAGGCACAACCAUCAAAAGCCAGGCACCAUAAAAUUCAAAAAGCUGUUGACCAGAUGGGUGGACGUUUAGAGCAGCAUCAGGACUCCGAUACUCUGAGUUGCAUCUCUUCAGGGCUGAGGAACGUCAAAGAUAGCAGCGUGUUCACUGGCCUCACCUCUGAGUCAGAAGGGACUCUUCCAGAAACAGAAAGUGCCACUCAGACAGAGGCAAGUAGUUCUGUCUCCACCAUCAACACAGCCCGACUGAUCCGGGCUUUUGGGCACGACAGGGUUCAGGUCUCUCCAAAACUGUCCCAACUGUACAGCGCCAUCAGCGUGCAGAAGACCCGCUCGGAGAAGUGGGCCAAGGGAAGCAGGAAAGACCAGGGAGCAAGACCCUCCAAAACGGCUCGUGUGGAGCAAGAAGGAAAGGAUGCUCAGGCAACUGACUCUUUCGUUUCAUCAGAUUCCACCUCUACCAUGAGCAGCUCCCGAGGACCAAGCUCUGCUCUCAGCAACAAGCGGAGCGCCCGCAUGUUAAACAAGGCCGUGCAGGCAGGAGACUUUGAGAUAGUGAACAGUGCAACGAAGAAGCACACCCGAGAUGUUGGGCUGACCUUCCCCACCCCGAUGUGCAGCCGGACCAGGCUGCAGGGAGACUCCAGGAGCGGAACAGCGGACGAGUGUGCUCAGCCAGAGGGACUCGCUUCAGCAAGGGUUUCCUGGUUUGUUCCUACAGAGGAUUUAAAAUUUCACCCCAAGAAAAGAUCUGGAUCUAGCUUUAUUCCUGAUCCUGGUCCCUCCUGGUUUGAACCGCUAUCCAGCCGGAAGCCGUGGCGAGAGCCCCUGCGGGAGAAGAACUGGCAGGAGGAUCACGGUGGCCUUCAGGUGCGUCUGGCAGCUUCAGCCAGAGACAUUGAGAAUAAGCCACCCCCGCCUUUUGUGAAAAUGACGCUGCAGGAGGCUCUCGCACUGCACCGUCCUGAUUUCAUUUCCAGCUCUGGGGAACGUGUGAAGCGCCUGAAGCUGAUCAUAGAAGAAAGGAAACUGCAAAGCGUGCUCCAGGGAGAAAGAGAAGAGUUAUUUAAUCCUCCCGAAGAGAGGAGGAGUUACAGGAAUGCCAGUUGCCUCCUUCCUAACAGAGACUACCGGACUAUACGGAGGAGAAGAGCCAUUCCUAAAAAUGAAAUGUUUCAAAGAUCCAAACGUAUCUAUGAGCAGCUGCCCGAGGUGCGAAAAAGGCGAGAAGAAGAGAAGAGAAAAUCAGACUAUUCCACCAAUCGCUUGAAGGCUCAGCUUUACAAAAUGAAAAUCACCAACCGCAUUUUGGGAAGAAAAGUACCUUGGGAAUGACUUUGAAGACAAAGAACCAAAAAAGCAGUCUGCUGUUUCAAUAAAACUUACUGCAUGUCGUGAAUUUUUCAGCAGCUUUCCUGUGUAUGCUGAAAUUUGUAUGAAUAGACUACUCAGGCAAUUUUCCAAUUAUGCAAAUAGAUUUCAUGAAUUUUAAUUAGCAUCAUGGGUGCCCUUCCCAGCUAAUAUGACUGCUUCUAGAGUACAGUGAUCUCAUGAAGAUUUAUAAAAAAAGAAAAAGAAAAAAUGAUUUUCAACAGUGUGUGUAUAGUGUCCCAGAUCAAGGUAGUUUAGAAUUAAUUUAUGACAAUUAAAUCUGUGGAUUUGUUGAGUAGGUAGCCUGUUUACUUAUUUUUGGAUACUUGAAUUUCAUGGUGUUUUGUACUUUUUUAUAACUGAACUUGUUAUCCUGGUUUUUUUGUACUACUACAGCUACUGAAGAAAAUUAAACGUCUUAAGACUCUUUCCCCCA